AUGAAGGAAGAGGCGAGGGUGGCCAAAGAACACUACGAGGCGUACGGCACUCAGCUCAAUCAGAACGUACUGCAGAUCAGUGCGCAGGUGAGGAAUGGCUUGAUUAAGUGGAGCUGCUUUGGAAUUUUUAUAUUUUUCAGUUUUUAUUUCGAAGAUUUCUUCCAAAUUUGCAAAAAAUUUUGA